AUGACUGAUCUAAGAGCAAUGUUAGCUUGUCUGAGUUUGGUUGAGGAUGGAGGGAUGUUGGUUGAAUUGCAGAUUUUGGGCCCUGAGUUAGCUUCUAAAACUGAAAACACUGUGAGAGUAAUUUGGGACUGUCUAAAACCUGCAUCUGAUCAACAGAAGUCCUAUGCUAAUUUAGAAAGAAAAUGCAUCGAGUUUUCUAUUGGUGAUCAAGUUUUCCUGAGAGUAUCACCGUGGAAAAAGGUCUUCCGUUUCAGAUGCAAGGGCAAGAUGAGCCUGAGGUUUAUUGGGCCUUAUCGUAUCUUAAAGCGUGUCGGACCCGUUGCAUAUCAGUUAGAAUUACCGUCGGAGCUGGAUCGAAUUCACGAUGUAUUUUAUGUCUCGAUGCUGAGAUGGUAUCGAUUAGAUCCGUCACAUAUUGUUACUGUCGACAAGAUUGAAUUGCGACUGGAUUUAACAUUCGAAGAGGAAUCUGUCCAGAUAUUGGAAUGUGAUGUUAAAAUGCUGAGGAAGAAAACCAUUCCUCUAGUGAAAGUUUUGUGGCAGAACCACGGUACUGAGAAAGCCACGUGA